AUGGAGCCAGGAAAACGAGUAGAUUAUGUCAAGUCGAAGUAUAUCUGUUUUAACUGCUUAUUUCCUGGUCACACAGUGAAGGCGUGUCGACUGCCAACGUCGUGUAGAAUUUGUCACAAACGUCACCACUCUCUUCUACAUCAUUCAAGACCUACAGAUACCUCCGGGUCAACACGUGAAAAUAGCCAAUUACAACCGAAGGUUUUACACUCCAACGUAGUAGAAGACGAAGAAACAAAAGAGGAAGAAAUACAACUAACAGUGAUGACGUCACAAACACAAGUAAAUUCACAGCUCACAACUCACAGUACAACAGUUGCGCUGCUAGCAACUGCCCUGGUGGAAGUAAAGAGUGAAGAUGGACACACCACAGUUCUGCGAGCUUUAAUAGAUCCUGGAUCACAAGGAUGUUUCAUUAGUGAACGAGCUGCUCAAAGUAUUAAAGCAAGAAGGUACCCAGCGAAGGGAAGUAUCGUAGGUAUAGGUGAAGUGAAGACAAGAAUAAAUCAAGUAGUUCAGAUUCAGAUAGCAUCGAGAAGUGAAGAAUUCAACCUUCGUGUGAAGGCUUAUGUCAUGUCUAAACAGCUGACUACUCAAAUACCUACAAAAACAAUUUCUACGAGCAACUGGUCUCAUUUAAAAGGAUUGGUUUUAGCUGAUCCACACUUCAAUCGUCGAGCAAACAUUGACCUUCUUCUUGGUGUCAAUGAAUAUGCACAAAUUGUACAAAAUGACGUCAUCAAAGGCGCACCUGGAAUGCCUUGUGCACAGAAGACAACAUUAGGUUGGAUUUUAUUUGGAGAAGCAAAUAUUCAUUCUGAAGGUGAAGAAUCGAUCAUGGUAAUGCACCACAAAGUAGAAGUUGAAGAUAUGCUAAAAUCAUUGUGGGAAAUUGAUGUUGAUACAGAAAGAAAACUAACAAAGGAAGAAGAAUCAUGUGAGAAGUUAUACAAGGAGACAUACAAAAGAAAUGAAGAAGGAAGAUACGUGGUCAAACUACCUUUCAACACCACAAAUCCCCAAUCUCCUGACGGAAACACAAUGAAUGCAGCAUUGAAGAGACUAGAAAAUUUAGAAAGAAGAUUUGAAAGGCAACCUGAUUUAAGGAAGAGUUAUACUGAGGUGAUUGAAGAAUAUAUAAGCCUAAAACAUAUGGAAGAGGUACCUGAAGAUGAAAUAGGAAAAAGAUCUGUAUACUUGCCACACCAUGCAGUUGUCCGAACUGAUAAGGAGACAACAAAAACUCGUGUUGUCUUUGACGCUUCUUGCAAGGGCACAAAUGGCAUAUCCCUGAACGAUGAGUUAAUGAUAGGACCUGUCCUUCAAGAAGAUCUUAGAAGCAUUAUUAUGAGAUGGCGGAUGCAUAAAAUUUGUUUCGCUAGCGAUAUUGAGAAGAUGUACCGCAUGGUACUAAUUAAUCAAGAAGAUGCCGAUUUCCAGAGAGUAUUGUGGAGACAGAAUACUUCCAUUUCUGAUGAGGUCAAACAUUUUCGACUGCUAACUGUAACGUUUGGCACAGCGUCAGCACCAUAUCUUGCAGUAAAGACUUUAAUACAACUGGCUAUUGACGAAGGUGGUAACUUUCCAAUUGCUGCAAGAAUGAUUCACGAAGAUUUUUAUGUUGACGACCUAAUGUCAGGCUGCGAUACAGUACUUGAAGCGCUAGAAGCAAUCAAACAACUGCAAGAUAUACUUAAAAAAGGCAAGUUUCGUUUACAAAAAUGGUCCUCGAACAGUCCUGAGAUUUUACGCUCCAUAGAAGAAAGAGAUCGAUCGUCAAAGGCAAAUAUAGACAUAAAAGUGGACGGUACGAUCAAGGCACUAGGCCUAUCAUGGGACUUAGGAUACGACGAGUUUAGAUACAACCUAAAUUUACAACCUCACACUAAUAAUGUUACGAAGAGAGAAGUUUUAUCUGACUUACAAAAACUGUUCGAUCCACUCGGAUGGAUUGCUCCAGCUAUUGUGCAAGCGAAAAUAUUUGUCCAACGACUAUGGCUUGAAGGCUACGGAUGGGACAGUCUGAUUGAGAAUAAACUAAGAACAGAAUGGAUCGACAUACGCGAUGACUUAAACAAUGUAGGCGAAUUGAAAGUUCAAAGAUGGCUACAAACAUUAACAAGAGCCAGUGGCAUCAUGUUCAAUCAAAACACAAUCCCGCCGAUGUUGCAUCCAGGGGAUGUAAAAUCAGAGAUCUGA